AAAAUACAGUUUGUCUUAAAAAAGUUUUUCAAUUCAAAUUUUUAUCAAAAACCAAGUAAUAGUUUCAAACUCUUAAAUUUUGCGUAGUACUAAGACAAUAUUUCUAAAAAUAAAAAAAAAAAUCAAGUAAUAUGUCGAACGGAGAACUUCUGUACGUAAAAGGAAUGAAUCUUUCAGAAACAGAAGACGAGAAUGUUGAAGAAGACAUAUGGGACGAUAGAAAACUGAACGAUGCAUAUGAUAAAGCUUUAAAAAUUGCCAAUGCUGAGGUAGCAAAGCGCGUAGCUAUGUCCACUAAUACACAACAUUCAGUCAAAAACCCAGAGAAAGAACAUUCAAAAACAAAAAAUGGUACAUCACAGAAAGUAAAAUGUCCACAAAAGAAAAGUGUAAAAUGGCAGGCAGGGAUGCCGUGCAGAGCUAUAUAUGAGGGGGACGGCCAGGAAUAUGAAGCAUUUGUACUAAGACUCAUCAAUGACAAAGAGUGUGUAGUUAAGUUCUUAGGUUAUGAUAAUUCAGAGAUAGUGUCAAUUAGUACAUUAAAGCCAACUUUGGGCAAACACGAGAGGAUGCGGCAAACUCAGCAGGCGUUGUGUGAUAAAGAUGAUGGCUUUGGGAGUCAAUCACUGUUAGAGAAUAUGGACUGUAGUGAUGCUGGCACAAGCUUAGGAAGUACAGAUGGAUCAUUCCAGAAAAAGAAAAAAUCACUAAAUAAGAAAAAAAAUCAACGCAAAAUGAACUUACCUGAGAUACCAAUGUUUAAUCCUGCUAUGUUAGGAAAUUUAAAUUCAAUGGAAAUGCCAUUGCCUCCUCCCCCUCCGAUAGGCUUUGGGUCUGAGCACAGUUGUGAAGAGCAGGCGCUAUCCUCAAUGCUGCUCAGCUGGUACAUGAGUGGAUACUAUACUGGGUUAUACCAAGGAAUGAAGAGGGCAAAGGAAAAUCGAAAUCGAAACACCAUACAUUGAAUUGUGUAAAAUAAAACAGCAGAACAUUUUUUUAUAAUAUUUUAUUUUUAGUGUCACAUAACACAAACUACCGUUUCAAAUAGAAAUAUUAUCUAUUAAAAAUAAAUUAAAUUAUGCCUCCAUGUUCCUGAGUAUUACUAUGUACAAAAUAUACAUUUAGAUAUUUUUUUUAUAUAAAAAAAUCAUGAACAGUUCAAUCUGAUUGGUGGGUUUCAUUUUUUUAUGAAAUCUACGUUACAGAAAAUGACACACGCAUAAUAUUCAGCCAAAAAAAAACUUUGUAAACUCUGUAAAAAUACAAAGACCUUAAAAAUAACGACUAAAUAAAAGCAUGUAUCUUCAAAACAUUUGUUUUAUUUUAACUUUUAAUAUUUAAGAAAAAGUUAAAAAUAUUAUCUCUGGUUUAUUUUCCGCUAUUACAUAAUCUGUGGCUUCUAUAAUUUACGUUGUGUUUUCCAAAACACUAUAAAAUAUAAUAAUAUAAAACAUGGCAAAGCAAUUACUGCUAUGGCAGUAUAUUAAAAUAACUAUUUACAAAAUUAUUUUAUUAUACAAAUAAAAACAAAUCAGGUCUUUCAAGCUUCUUCAUAUCGACUUCAUUGCACAUUGAAUUAUUAGGCCAUUUUUACAAAAGCACAAAUAAUUCGAUUCGUUUAGAAAUAUUUUUAAUAAAUGUCAAAAUUGUAAAAU